ACGUGGCAAAAUCUCAAGGCAACUGUGUCCCGAUUGGGUGAACUUAACCCUAGAUUCUUUCCCCUUUUCUCUUUCGCUCAACAAACGCUGAAUUUUGUUUGAAUCAGGUUUUGAAUCCCCUGAAUACAAGACUAGAAGCUGGCUCAGUGGUUGAGGAGUAUUAAAUAGGUAUGGAUGAUAGAUGGUUCAAUGGUAGGCCAGACAUGCGCAUGAGAGAUAAGCGCCAGCAAGAAAUGGAGGAGGCUGAUCAGAAUUCUGUUCUAGAGGAUCUCGCUGAAGAUUUUCGCCUUCCUAUUAAUCAUAGACCAACGGAAAAUGUAGACCUGGAAAAUGUGGAGCAAGCAUCUUUAGAUACGCAGUUGACAUCCUCUAACAUUGGAUUCAGGCUUCUUCAGAAGAUGGGUUGGAAAGGGAAGGGUCUUGGGAAAAAUGAGCAAGGAAUUACUGAGCCAAUAAAAUCAGGGAUCCGAGACCCAAAGUUGGGGAUCGGAAAGCAAGAAGAGGAUGAUUUCUUUACAGCAGAAGAAAAUAUUCAAAGACGUAAGCUUGAUAUUGAACUUGAGGAGACUGAGGAACUUGCCAAAAAGCGGGAGGUUUUAGCAGAACGCGAGCACAAAAUUGAAACGGACGUGAAGGAAAUACGCAAGACUUUCUUUUGUGAGCUGUGCAACAAGCAAUAUAAAUUAGCAAUCGAGUUUGAAGCUCACCUCAGUUCAUAUGAUCAUAAUCACAGGAAGCGCUUCAAGGAAAUGAGAGAAAUGCAUGGAAGUAGUCGUGAUGAUAGGCAGAAAAGAGAACAGCAACGUCAAGAGAGGGAAAUGGCAAAAUUCGCCCAAAUGGCUGCCCAUAAGAAGCAGCAAGAACAGCAAACACCAGAGGAAGCGGGUAAUGUUCCAGCCCUUUCCACGGUUAGAACUGCGACUGCUCUUGCCGAUCAAGAUCAGAGGAAGACUUUGAAGUUCGGAUUUUCUGCUAAAGGAAGCUCGUCAAAGGCGACGACCUUGGUUAACAAAUCUGCAAAGAAGCCAAAAGUAACUGUUGCAUCCGUCUUCAGCAAUGAGAGUGAUGAGGAGUAACAGUGCAUCUACACAAGCCUGGUAUCAGUGAAGACCAAUGAAUGAAAGAUACUGAACCUGAAUGAAUUUUCUGUUGGUGGUGUAUUACGUUAAUUUGUACAUUGUAAUCCUUUUUGAGCAUUUAUUUGGUUUAAUGACUGGAGGAUGUUUGUCCCUGAGCUGAGCGGGACUUGAUAGAUAGAUACCAUGUACUCUGUAUUUCUAUGAUUUUGAACAUGUUAGACGAAAUUUAUGAGGUAAAAUUUGUGUUUUACAUUGUA